UCCUCUUUUCAUGGUAUCAGAGCAGGACUAGAAUCCUGACUCCAUAGCCGCUGCACCUUGUCUCUAGUGCAACAAAUUUUAUUCUCAUUCCGUUGUAUCCUAUAUCUCGUACAACAAUCCUCGAUCUCGUCUCCAUGGGAAAUCAAAAUUUCAAAUCAUUUUUCAUUGAUCAUUCUGAUCAUCCGGCCUUGGUGAUAGUGUUCAAUCAACAUAAUCGACCAAAUCAAUCUAAUCGGCAAUACGGUUCCUCCGGUUGCAAUCCUCUAUCCAAACAACAACUUCAGCAAGUUUUGGCUAUUUUGAAUCACAAAGGAUCUGAUGAUUCUUCUAGUCCUCAAUCACAUUCAGCUGCCAUGGCUAUUAGGAGCAACAAGCCCAAUCAGUCCUAUUCUUCAGGUUUAUCUAAGAUCGCUUCCCGCAGUUGGAUCAUUGACAGCGGGGCGACAGAUCACAUCUCUUCAUCUCCUAAAUUAUUUUCGCAUAAGAGUAAAAAUUGUUCAUUACCUCCUGUGUUAUUACCGAGCGGAGAGAAGGCUAAUAUUUUUGCAAAAGGAUCAUUGCCUCUGAAUUCUGUGUAUUACCUGCGUGAUGUAUUGAUCUGGUUUCGAAGAGAACGAUUGGUUUGGGUAAGCAACGUGACGGUCUCUAUUAUUUGGUGGCAUUAGCGACGGAGAAAACCACGACCAAACCACAUCAUUCAUCACCCAUUCAACCUGCCUGUCACCUCACCAUGUCCUCUACCAACCUUUGGCAUCGUCGUUUGGGCCAUGUUUCGUCUCGUCCUCUCGAUUAUAUUGCUAAAUAUUUCUUAAAUAUUUCUCUUAAUUCGAAUCAUGCUUGCUUCAGAAGCCAAAGGUUUCCAAAGGUUUUAGUGACUAAACUAUCACUUUGAACUUUAACCCUGUGUUUUUGCUGCAGAAGCCAAUAAUUAAUACAAUUGACAUUUGCAGUAGUCUGUGCCCCUGCCAUUGUUAUUCUUUAGUUUUUUGUGUUUG